AGUAUGCUUGUUGCUACUUCUGGAGACCAUUGCAAGCUGCAAUUUCCUCUCCUUAUGAACACUGUCAUCCAGGUCUUUCUACCCCUGGUUAUAACUUAACUAGUUGUAUGCAAUUUUAUUUUGGUGUAUAAGUUUUUGCAUGUAACUAUGUACUGAAAUGUCAACCGCAUGACCUGUGUUUGCCAAGAUGUUUGAAAAGUCAGUUAUGCUUGAGGAUUUGUGGGAAACAAUCAGUGCCAUCAUAUGUCAUAAAGAGAAAAAUUUAUGUUGUUAGACAAUGUAUGCAAAAACUUAAUGAAUGGUGCUGCUGGCUGUGCUCGUUGACAAUACAUCCUUAUUGUGAUAUUUCUCAGUUGUUAGUCUUUACUGUGGGCAUCAGAUGAUUUCGUGCUUAAGAAUAGAUACAGGGUUUGCAAGUAGCUGAUGCCUUAGUCUUUCUGCUACUUGGUCUACAUGUGAAGUGACAUUUUGGUUCAUGGAUGAAGAUGUUAUGUAUUCAUUUUGUCAAGCGUCUGUUUACUCAUACUGGUUGAUUUAAAACUUAUUGUUCAGUAUAUGGUGGGUAUUCACAUUUUGAUGCGCAUGAAUACCAACCCUAUCCACUGGCUGACUAUGACUAGCCAUCAAGAUUAACGAUAGCAAAUGGAAAUACCGGUAUUCGUAUUGCAAUCAGUGGUAAUUGCCGGUAUAGAGUUUAUGGUAGGAUAAAAUCUUUACUCAAGCUGAAGGACAGGUUUGUUAAAUGCCAAGGGCACUAGUGAAGAGAUGCUUUCAGCUCUUGUAUGAAAGACAAUGUGAAGAGAGAAGCUCUUGGCUUGAGUGCUUAGAAUCUGAAGCCAGGAAGGGAUGCCCGGUGGCUUCUGACUAGGUUCUGUAGGUUAAGUUGAAGGACCCCUGCUUACCCAGGUAUUGUCUAGUAAAGUUCUCUGUAAUAUGCCAACAUGUUUAGCCAAGCAUGUUGUGGUGUAGGCAGAAGGCAAAAUGUUCUCUGUAAUAUGCCAACAUUCAUAAUCUGGUCAUAUUAGUCUCUCAAUCAAUUUCACAGGCUUGUAGAUUGAGUCACGCACAUUCGAAACCUCAGCAACCUUUUGUGCAUCUUUAACCUUGACACUGCCCUGCUGAGGAUGCAGGGUUGAAUGUGUGCAUUGGUGAGUCAAAAUAUCCAUGCAUAUUUGUUUCUGUAGUGUAUGUAUUGACCAUGUGACAUCAAAUAUUACACUCCCAACUUCCCAUGUGACGUCCCUUGUAAAAGGAAAUGUAACAUGAUAAUUAUAUGCGACAAGUUGAAUGAUGCAGGCAGAUCCAUAAUCGGUGUAGUUGUAAUUUAUUGGGCAAAUACAUUCUUGGGUUAUAUUUCUUGAAUGAGAAUGCAGAGAUGGUAAAGCUUUCCCCUGUUGGAAAGGGUGGUCGCUGAGGAAAGUAUAUAUUCCAUAUACUUUCGGCACUACAAAAAAGAACCCACAAACCGUAAAAUUGCAGCAGUCUUUGAUUCCCCCAUUUGGAUUGCCCAAUUACCCUUGUAUCCCUUAAUUUUUUAUGAGCAUCCCUUUCUGGAGGCAAAAAUGCUCAGGGGCAUGAUGGCCCAUCUAGUGCUAAUUAAGCAAACAAAUCUUGUGUCAUCUUUUUCUUUGAUGUGUCUUAGUGCACAUGUUAGGCACCUUUUGGCAAACCAGCUUCCUUAUAUUCGUGGCCAGAAUUGGAGUGUGUGUGUGUGUGUGUGUGAGAGAGAGAGAGAGAGAGAGAUCUAACAGAGGAAAGCAGAAAUGGAAGAACAAGCUGAAAUGGUGGGGAGGGCAUUUGUGGAUCAUUAUUACCAUCUUUUCGACACCGAAAGAGCUUCCCUCUCUUCUCUCUACCAACCAACCUCUAUGUUGAGCUUUGAAGGACAGAAGAUAUUUGGGGUGGAUGAUAUAACUUCAAAGCUUAACCAGUUGCCGUUUGAUCAAUGCAAACAUUUGAUCAGCACCAUUGAUUCACAGCCAUCAUCCCCAGCUGGUGGCAUUGUGGUCUUUGUCAGUGGCAGCCUCCAAUUACCAGGGGAAGAACACCACCUAAGAUUCAGCCAGAUGUUCCACUUGAUUCCCACGCCACAAGGAAGCUUCUUUUUGCAGAAUGACAUAUUUCGUCUCAAUUAUGGUUAAUUUCUAAAUUAUUACUCAAGCUCUGGGCUUCCCAAAUUAUCGCUUAAAUAUUGUUCUACUCGUGACUCUGACUCUUGAAGGAAUAAUAAAUAUGUUUCUCUCUUGUUAA